AUGAAAGGAUUUGUUCAAAGCGCUUCGCGCAGCAGCAUUCGGCAGCGCCGUGGUGAUUCGGAUGCAUCUUUAUACGAGCGAGAAUCCAGCGCCAGCUAUGCCACUCGACAGAGCAGCAGACGCCAUUCGGGGGGCAGGCGCUCGAUCGGAAAUCUCUUCCCGCUCACAGGUGCCGGCAAUGCAAAGCAGAUGUUACACAUUGCCUCUCGCAUUUCGAAGGAUGUGAACUUGUUGUAUGCAACCAAAGCAGAGCUUGAGCAGCAAGCAGAGGAAGCUCGAGAACAGCAGCAGGCAGAGGAAAAUGCGGUCGCCUUUACGACGAGCUUCAUCAAUGAGCCUGUUCAAGAGGAGGGCUCCGUCCAGGACAGCACAGGCAGCAGUACACCUCAUUCAGAACAAAACGAAGAAGACAACGUCGUGGAGCUUGAUAGUGAUCUUGAAGACUAUGACCAUGAAGCAGCCGGAGAACGCAUAGGUUCAAUGCUGGACAACUUGAAGUGCCAAGAUCGCAUUGAGAUCAUGGACUCACUACACACUUUUUAUCAAAACCGAAAGCAGAUGGUGGACAUAGAGAUGGAGGAACUCGAGACUCUGGAAAAGGACUUCAACGACAGGGAUGAGGAGACCAAGGAGUCCUCGAACAGUAUGGUGAAGGCUUUUGAAGCGAAAGGCAUGACGGAGGUACAAGUACUUGUCAAGUGUAGUGCGACCCUCCAAGCGGGUGCCAAUGGCACUUUCCGCAAGCGGCAGAAGUUCUCGAAAGCUGCGAAGAGUAGAGCCGCACCGAAGAAGAAGGUCACCAUGUUACAGGAGCCGGAAGAGAAGGAGCCAAAAGCCGAAGCUGGCGCGGCGAGGCCCACGUUUUACGAGCUGUUCGGGGCGGACGAGGACAAGGAAGAGGUACCAGAAGAAGCACCAGAGGAGGAGGAGGAGCUACCUGAAGUCGUUGUAAAUGAGGAGGACUUGAAGGAUCAGGAUGUUUGGGAUCUGAAUCGGGCUAAAGAGCUAUGGAGCCGGAUGAAUGAGAAGGCCGGGAAGGUGGCUGGCGGCAAAGGAUCGGCAAUCGAAAUUCUGCAGGCGAUGGUAGUGGUCCAGGAAGGCAACGCAGAGUUGCAGCGAAGAUCCGAGCUAGCCAAGAAGGCUACAGCCACGAUGAAUGCAGCCGUCGAUUUUCUCACGCGCAAUUUCAAGGCAGGCAUAAUCCUGGACUUCGACAGCCCUUCGCCGGAGGAUGAAGCCAUGGUUGAGUAUGUGAAAAGGCUGCACAAGAAGCUUUUCUCGGAAAUCGAUGUGGGUGACCUUGAAGACGUACCUGAUGCGGAGGAGUUGGAAGAGGAAUGCCAGGAGCUCGAAAGAAUCCUCUCGGAACAGGAGAGGGACAUCGAAGCGUUUCAGAGGCAACGCGAAGAGAAGGAAAAGUCGCAGGAGGAGGAGCAGGACGCCAAGCUGGAAAAGCUGUUGGACGAUAACCCCGAGCCAGACCUUGGCGAGGAGAAUUCACGAUCAGCUUCUAAGCAGAACAAAUCUGCUGUCUUGGAUGCGCGGCUGGAGGGCCUCCAGAUCCAGGGAGCUCAGCCGAAAGCAAGUGCUGCACAAAGGAUGAAGCAGGCAGCCAGGACAGCGGCCGCCAUUUCCACACUCAACAAGGAUGCACCGGCUGGAAGCGCCGGAGCUCGCCAUUUCCAUUCGGUCGAGGAUUUCAAAGAUGACCCCAAGGUCAGGAUGCUGCGUGAGCACAUUGCGACAAAGGACGGGCAAAUCGAUCAAGCCCGGAAGCUUCUGAAGCGGAUGCGGUUUGAGCGACGACUCUUGCACUACUGCCGGAAGAAGGCCAAGAAAGGAUUUGAGAGCAUCGUGCAGGAGUUUGAGCCACCUAGUCUUGACGAGAUUCCAUCUGCAGAUGAUGUUUCUGAAGAAUCCGCCAGUGAGGAGGGCAUCAUGUCGUGUUGA